ACCAGUCUGGAGAGACUGUUCACUGCGCAGCGCUUCAUCCUCCUCCUCCUCCGCGCAUCACCGACAAGCGAUCGCACACGGAGCGUGUCGCGCAGCGCUCACAGCCGCACAUGAUGCGCAGGAUUCGGGCCAACGCCAUCCUCAUCCUUACCGUGGCCUGGAUCCUGGGCACCUUCUAUUACCUGUGGCAGGACAGCAAAACAUCCUCUCCUUCAUCGAGCGCUCAGCAGAAGAUCCAUGGGCAGAGGUCCGCCUCCGGGCGACUGGAGGAGCGAACCCUUCCUCUCAUCGUGACUCACGCACCAAAGUCUGAGCAUCAGGCUCAGCUAAUGGGUUUGUUUGAUGAGAAAGCAUUCCUAUCCGGUAAACAGCUGAAAGCUGGCGAGGAUCCAUACAGAGAACAUGCCUUCAACCUGCAGGAGAGCGACAGACUGGGGAGUGAACGUGCCAUCAGAGACACACGACACUAUAGAUGUGCCUCCAUGACCUUUGACCCUGACCUGCCGCCCACCAGCAUUAUCAUCACUUUUCACAAUGAGGCGCGGUCCACCCUGCUGCGCUCUAUUAAAAGUGUACUAACGAGAAGCCCGCCUCACUUGAUUCAAGAGAUUAUUCUCGUGGAUGACUUUAGCUCCGACCCUGAAGACUGUCAACUGCUCUCUCAGAUUCCCAAAGUGCGCUGCCUGAGAAAUGAAAGACGGGAAGGUCUGAUCAGGUCUCGUGUGAGAGGAGCGUCUGCAGCGUCUGCCUCUAUCCUCACAUUCCUGGACAGUCACUGUGAAGUAAACUCAGACUGGCUGCAGCCCAUGAUCCAGAGAGUCAAAGAGGAUCACACUCGAGUCGUCAGCCCAAUCAUUGAUGUGAUCAGUCUGGAUAACUUUGCCUAUCUGGCAGCAUCAGCAGACCUGAGAGGAGGUUUUGACUGGAGUUUACACUUCAAAUGGGAGCAGAUUCCCAUAGAACAGAAAAUGGCAAGAAAUGACCCUACACAACCAAUCAGGACUCCAGUAAUUGCAGGUGGAAUCUUUGUAAUAGAUAAAGGCUGGUUUAAUCACCUGGGCCAGUAUGAUACUCACAUGGAUAUAUGGGGUGGAGAGAACUUUGAGCUGUCGUUCAGAGUGUGGAUGUGUGGUGGGAGUCUUGAGAUCCUGCCGUGCAGUCGUGUUGGCCAUGUCUUCAGGAAACGCCACCCCUAUGACUUCCCAGAGGGCAAUGCUCUCACCUACAUCAAGAACACACGGCGAGCUGCUGAAGUAUGGAUGGAUGAGUAUAAACAGUAUUAUUAUGCUGCAAGACCGUCAGCACAGGGCAAGGCCUUUGGGAGUAUUGCAGAUCGUCUUGCACUGAGACGGAAGUUGAACUGUAACUCUUUCCACUGGUAUCUUGAGAACGUGUACCCUGAACUCAAAAUUCCCGAGCAGGAAGUGGUGCACAGUCUACUGAAACAGGGUGGACUGUGUCUGGAGAGCCAUGGCAUGGACAGUCUGGGUUUGGCUGAGUGUAAGACAGUGCCAAAUGUACCUGUCUCACAGAAGUGGACCCUGAUUGAACCACAGAUCCGCCAGCAUGACCUGUGUUUGGCCAUCAUAGCCUUUACUGAGGGGUCAAAGGUCAGGCUCGAGCCCUGCAACUCCAAAGAGUCCAGACAGAAAUGGAAAGCCAGAGGUCCAGCGUUGCAACAUAUGAUCAGUGGUUUGUGUCUGGAUAGCCAGCCCCCUUCAGGUCCACCUGUGAUCGCACAGUGCCGCCCCCAGAUGGCCAGCCAAUUCUGGGAGCCACAGCUGGUCACCUGACUUGAAGAUCACAUGGGGAAGGAGGGGAAAGGGGUGGAGUUUAGUCGGGUUGCAGAGCUUGAGGUGCUGUAGGACCAAGAGGAACAUGUUUGCACACUGGUUUAGUUGAAGGUGAUGCUUUAAGAAGAAUCGAUCAUGGCCAUGUCUAAAACAUCUGACCUCACAACCAGCUUAAUAGGCCGCAUUCACAGCCUUCACUGUCCAGUUUACCCAUUUUCUCAGCUCUGGGUCAAGUUGUCUGACAUGGCCAUGGAGUUCACAAUUGACAGGAGGUUAUGUUUUGAAUGUUGUGUUGAGGUCUCAAAGUAAGAGAAUAAAAAUAUGUAUAUAUUUGCCUUUUACUAGCUUUCAGACCUGCCUCAGAACCAUAAAUCUGUAUAUUCCCUCAUUCCAAUCCCACCAACACUGUGGCAUCUGCAGCAUAAGCCUAAAUAGCUGAUCUAAUGAUGAUCUGAAUAGUUUUUAAAUUCCAUCAGUAAGGACGUUUUUCCUGUUGAUUUGUUCAGUAUUAGGUUGGAAUACAGUGCAAUGCUUUUAGAUGAUUCUGCAUCAUGGAAGCUGUCAUUUCACACCAGCAAGGCUCAUCCUGAAUAACAAACAGUCUGAGAUUAGCAGUACCGAGCUGGCUAAAUACAUCGGAAUUCAAGCUCUGUGUUGAUAUGCUUUAGGAGUUUGCUCAAUUUUGUGCGCUGCAAGAAGAACUGAGCUGGUGUAGCACCAAAACUGUAGUCCACUGUAGUCUGACAUGACAAUGAAAUAACCAAAUGAACUUGGCAAAGCGCUUUUCGGAGGCUAUUAUUCUGCAUGGUGCAUCAGUGACACAAAGCAUUUGCAAACAUGUUUAGCCCAAAGACUGUUUUUCCUCUGUCUUUUUUGUUUGCCUUUUGUAACUUUGUAUUUACUUGAUACACACAAAAGCUUUUCAUUUUGAACAUGAACUUGUUGUUUGAAAAAUAAAGACUUCCAC